AUGCUGGAUCCCAAGGACCGACUGUCCCCAAUCAAAAAGGUGAAGGCCGCGCUCGUCAGAUCCGCCAUCAAAUCGCCCACGUCAGCAUCCGACAAGAUCAAUCAUGCGGGCGAGCGCGUCAGCGAGCUCAACUCGUGCAUGGAGGACAUCUACUUCGGCGACCCCAAGUCGCGCGAGAGCCUGAGCAGCAACCCGGGCGACACGGCGAAGCACCAAGCGGAGCGGAAACAGUGCACGACGGACAACUGGAAGGCGGAGAUUGAACGGCGGAUCAUCGCGGAGUCCAAGAUGGUGGACCACGCAUACGCUGACCAGAACCCGUUCCGGAAUCAAGCUUAUGGCCAUGGCGACGGUCAGAAAUGA